AUGAAUGGAUAUGUACUGUUCUUUGCGGAUAGUCACUGUCAUUUAGACGCAGAAUGUUCAUCUCAAAGAGCAGAAGAAUUAGGGAAGUUUUUAAACUCUCUGGAGUCAAUAAUUGACCGCAAAGAGUUUUUUCAUAUUAUGUCCUCAAAUCAUGUAGACAUAUUUCAUUUAGACCUACUACUAGACAAAUUAGAAAACAAGACUGUUCUCCCAUAUUUCGGUAUUCAUCCAUGGUACAGUCAUUUAUUUACUGAUCUCAAGUUGGAGGAAUUUGAAAACGAACAAGAAUGGAAGCAAAAUCAUUACGAAUCAGUACUUGAUCCUACACCACCGUCCGAGUUGUUAGAGGUACUACCAAAUCCCAUAAACAUCGACACGCAUGUUAAGGAGAUACGCAGACUUGCUAAUAAGCAUCAAGAAAAGGGAUUUUCUGUUGGUAUUGGAGAAAUUGGGUUAGAUAAGCUAUUUAGAAUUCCACUAAACGGAUAUUUUGGCAAUCAGAAACUCCCCCUCAAUGAUAAUCCAAAUAAGCUAUCGGCCUGUAGAGUUAAAAUGGAUCACCAAACAUAUAUACUUGCAAAGCAGUUAGAAUUGGCUAGUAGUUUGAAAAGGCCCAUUUCUUUACAUUGUGUCAAGGCGCAUGGUUUACUAUACGAUCAAGUAACUAGUAAAAAAGAAUUUGAUGGUAUUUCUUCAGUUAUACUUCAUUCAUACUCAGGCUCUCUCGAUCAGGCUGGUUUGUGGAUACGGCACUUUUCGAAGUCGAAUCGACUGUUAUAUUUUUCGCUCUCAAAUUGGAUUAAUGGAUCGAGCAAGAAACAAGAGUCGUUAAAAGAUCUCGUUAAGCUACUUGGCAAUGAUCAGAUACUACUAGAAACUGAUGUUGGUGUAGAUAAAUACCUACUAGAUCCCGAGAGAAGAGAAGAAUAUUUCAACCAGCUAAAAGAAAUUUUUAACAAGAUAUGCUCAAUUAAAGGCUGGGAAGAAGAUCUUGCGAAGGAGAUUAUAUUUGAGAAUUGGAAUAAAUCUAUCGCCUAA